AUGGGUGGUGAGAUUACUCCAAUCGCCCUUCCUAAUUCGAAGCAACUCUAUCUGGAAAAUGACCGGGGUGAAACGUAUCUGAUCCAGAUCUCUUGGCCGCUACAUUGGCAGGACGACCGCACCACGGACCGUGGCGCGCUUCCCAUCAUUGAGAGCCAUCCCUCUCCUCCUCUAUACAUCGUCGACGGGAACGCCCUAUUCCUAACUGCAACAGAGGCCGCCUGGCGACGGGCGGCUUCCUCACACUUUGCAGGGGGGGGCAUCAUUGUCGCGGUCGGGUACCCGCUGACGGGGAAGCUGUACGACGCGCGACGGCGCAGCCUGGACCUCACGCCGCCGACAGACGGACCGAUCCCGGGAUACGGCGGGGCGGAUGUCUUCUUGGACUUUAUCACGAACAAGGUGCGGCCAGCGGUGAAGGCGCAGUUCCCGCAGCUCACCUGCUCGCGUGAGGCGCUCUACGGCCACUCGUACGGGGGCCUGCUGGCUCUGUACGCGCUGUUCACGCGCCCGGACUCCUUCCACUGCUACAUGGCGAGCAGCCCAUCCAUCUGGUGGAACAGCCGGUGCAUCCUGAAGGAGGCUCGGGCAUUCCUAGGGCAGCAGCAGGAGCAGCAAGAGCGCAAGGCUGAUGGAUCACCGCCCAUCAAGCCGCCGUCCCUGAUGACCUUCUUCGGGUCCUUCGAGCAGAACCCUCCACAGUGGGCUGAUGAGCCCCUCGACCACUAUGAGGGGCGCAAGCAAAUCGCGGCGGACCUGCGCAUGGGAGACAACGUCAUUGAGCUAUGUGAGAUGCUGGGGGGUUCGGACCGGCUGCACUCCAUACUGAUGAGCCAGUACGAAGGCGAGGAGCAUACCAGCGUGAUGGCUUGUUCGAUGAGCCGCAGCUUGACGAUGUUCUUUGAGGAUUGGCCGCUACCUUCGCAGUAG